CCGGCGAGACGUCGCGAACUGAGCGUGUGAGUGUACAUAGAGGAUGGCUCAGUGCUCAGGUGCAGGCAGCCGGCUCUGGGAACCAGUCAAGCAGGCAGCAGGACCAGUUUAUUUACCCAGACGACAGAGCACUCUGCUGGGUUAAAGGCUGGAGCCCCUUUCUUGGACCUCCAACCCUGGAGCUCUUCCUAUAACUGUUUUUAUACAUUAUUCUUAAUCAAGAGGACAAUUUCCCCUUACGGUGGAUCAUAUAAAUAAAUAGUUUUUUUGUAUUUGCUAUGAUUGGCACUUGUUUUGCACUUUGAGCGCUGAGAAGUGGAAGCAGCUGCCUUCACAGCGGCGGAGCUUGAGGAGCGUGUCCUGUCUCUGCCCUGCCCCAAACUGGACCUUUGCAUCUGCACAGUGUGGAUAGCUGCUGAGGGAGAUAAAGAACAAAAGAAAGAGGGAAAUCUUGAAAACAAGGAGAAGAAAAUCCUUCCCUCUCACACACCUGUGACGGCUACUUCUCUGACAAAAGUACGGCCGAGGAUAUAGGAGGAACACAAAAGAUAAUUAGGAGCUAAGAAGAAAAGGCUAAAGAGGAGACUUUGGGUGCACACUCCAUCCCUUCAUUCAUCCCUCCUUCUCCCGUUUCCCACCUGUGAGGAUUAAUUGGACUGGAGCAGCAUGGCGCAUGCUGCCUCACAGAUAAAGAAAAGGGCGGAUGAGAACCUCAACACUGUAGAGGAUGAGAAGGAGAAGAAGAAGGCGGCGAGGAAGCGUUCCCGCGAAUUAAAGAAAAAGACGGAUGUAAAUGCCUGUUAUCUGCGAUCAGCUCGAGCCGGGAACCUCGAGAAAGCUUUGGACUACCUGAAGAAUGGAGUCGACAUCAAUAUAUGCAAUCAGAACGGUCUGAAUGCUCUCCAUCUGGCCUCGAAGGAAGGCCAUGUGGAGGUGGUGGCUGAGCUCAUCAAACACGGCGCCAACGUGGACGCAGCUACCAAGAAAGGAAACUCAGCCCUCCACAUAGCUUCCCUCGCUGGGCAGACGGACGUGGUGAAGGAACUCGUCACCCACAGUGCCAACGUCAAUGCACAGUCUCAAAAUGGCUUCACUCCGUUGUACAUGGCGGCGCAGGAGAACCACAUGGACGUGGUGCAGUUCUUAUUGGACCACGGCUCCAGUCAGAGCAUCGCCACUGAGGAUGGUUUCACUCCCCUGGCGGUGGCGCUGCAGCAGGGCCACGACCAGGUGGUGUCCCUCCUGCUGGAAAAUGACACCAAGGGGAAGGUCCGCCUCCCUGCGCUGCACAUCGCCGCACGGAAAGACGACACCAAGGCCGCCGCGCUCCUCCUGCAGAACGACCACAACGCUGACGUGGAGUCCAAGAUGAUGGUGAAUAGAACAACAGAGAGCGGUUUCACUCCUCUCCAUAUUGCGGCUCACUAUGGCAAUAUCAACGUAGCAACACUGCUACAGAACAGAGGGGCAGCUGUGGACUUCAAGGCAAGGAAUGACAUAACACCACUGCACGUAGCAUCCAAACGUGGGAAUGGCAACAUGGUGCGACUGCUGCUGGAGAGAGGGGCCAAGAUAGAUGCACGGACCAAGGAUGGUCUGACCCCUCUCCACUGUGGAGCCAGGAGUGGGCAUGAGCAGGUGGUGGAGAUGCUGCUGGACAGAGGAGCUCCAAUACUGUCAAAGACAAAGAACGGUUUGUCUCCGCUCCACAUGGCGACGCAGGGCGACCACCUCAACUGCGUCCAGCUGUUGCUGCACCACGAGGUGCCCGUGGACGACGUGACCAACGACUACCUGACGGCGCUGCACGUGGCCGCCCACUGCGGGCACUACAAGGUGGCAAAGGUGAUCGUGGACAAGAAGGCCAACCCCAACGCCAAGGCAUUGAAUGGUUUCACUCCUCUGCACAUUGCCUGUAAGAAAAACAGAGUCAAGGUGAUGGAGCUACUUCUGAAGCAUGGAGCGUCGAUACAGGCAGUCACUGAGUCCGGUCUGACUCCGAUCCAUGUUGCAGCAUUUAUGGGACACGACAACAUCGUGCACCAGCUGAUCAACCACGGAGCUUCACCAAACACAAGCAAUGUGAGGGGGGAGACAGCGCUCCACAUGGCAGCGAGGGCCGGACAGUCAAAUGUGGUGCGAUAUCUGAUCCAGAAUGGAGCACGAGUGGAUGCCAAGGCAAAGGACGACCAGACUCCGCUGCACAUCUCCAGCCGUCUUGGUAAGCAAGACAUCGUUCUCCAGCUGCUGGCAAAUGGAGCAUUCCCAGACGCCACGACCAGCUCUGGAUACACGCCUUUACACCUCGCCGCCAGGGAGGGACACAGAGAUGUGGCCACAGUGUUGCUGGAUCAAGGGGCUAGUUUGGGCAUUAUUACCAAGAAGGGCUUCACUCCUUUGCAUGUGGCUGCAAAGUACGGGAAGAUCGAGGUCGCUAACCUGCUGCUGCAGAAAAACGCUCCGUCUGACGCUGCUGGGAAGAGUGGACUAACUCCACUGCAUGUGGCAGCACACUAUGAUAACCAGAAGGUGGCGCUGCUCUUGCUCAACCAGGGAGCUUCACCGCAUGCUGCUGCGAAGAAUGGUUACACACCACUCCACAUUGCAGCUAAGAAGAAUCAGAUGGAGAUUACCACCACCUUGCUGGAGUACGGUGCCUCCACCAACACGGUGACACGCCAGGGGAUCACUCCUCUGCACCUCGCAGCACAGGAAGGCAAUGUGGACAUAGUGACGCUGCUGCUGGCUCGAGACGCUCCGAUAAACAUGGGCAAUAAGUCUGGUCUGACUCCGCUCCACCUGGCUGCCCAGGAGGAUAAAGUCAACGUUGCUGAGGUCUUAGUAAACCAGGGAGCUACUAUAGACCCUGAGACCAAGCUGGGAUACAGUCCUCUCCAUGUGGCCUGUCACUAUGGCAACGUGAAGAUGGUCAAUUUCCUGCUGAAAAAUCAGGCGAAGGUCAACGCUAAAACCAAGAACGGUUACACGCCUCUCCAUCAGGCUGCCCAGCAGGGACACACACACAUCAUCAACCUGCUGCUACAUCACGGAGCAUCGCCCAAUGAACUCACAACCAACGGGAACAGCGCUCUGUCCAUUGCCAGGAGGCUCGGAUACAUUUCUGUAGUUGACACACUCAAAGUGGUCACAGAGGAAACUCUGACCACUCAGACUGUCAUAGAGAAACACAAGAUGAACGUUCCUGAGACCAUGAACGAGGUGCUGGACAUGUCUGAUGAUGAGGUCUGUAAAGCCAAUGUCCCCGAAAUGAUCACAGAGGACUAUAUAUCUGAUGUGGAAGAAGAGAUGGAUGUUGGAAAUAUCUGCAUCAGCUAUUCCUGUGACGAUGCAAUGACGGGGGACACGGACAAAUAUCUGGCCCCCCAGGACCUGCGGGAGCUGGGGGAUGACUCGCUCCCUCAGGAGGGCUACAUGGGCUUUAGCGUCGGUGCGCGGUCACAGAGUCCCAAAGUCAGCCUGCGUUCCUUCAGUUCUGAUAGGUCCAACACGCUGAACCGGAGCUCGUUCACGCGGGACAGCAUGAUGAUAGAGGAGAUGCUGGCACCCAACAAGGAGCUGAUGCUCUGUAAGGAAAGGUCUUUCAUUGUAGAGAAACACAAUAAGCAUCUGGCGAUGGCUAAGGACUGUGACAACGACUCUCUGAGGAGAUACAGUUGGACUACAGAUGUUCUGGAUAAUGUCAACCUAGUAGCCUCACCAAUACACUCCGGUUUUUCCUCUCCGCUCCCGCAGUACGACAGCAGGUUCCUGGUCAGCUUCAUGGUCGACGCCAGGGGCGGCUCCAUGAGAGGAAGUCGUCACAACGGCAUGCGCAUAAUCAUCCCGCCAAGGAAGUGCACAGCGCCCACCAGGAUCACCUGUCGCCUGGUCAAGAGACACAAACUGGCAUCGCCUCCUCCGAUGGUGGAGGGAGAAGGCCUGGCCAGCCGACUGGUAGAGGUCGGUCCGGCAGGAGCUCAGUUCCUCGGGCCUGUGAUAGUGGAGAUCCCACAUUUUGGCUCGAUGCGGGGCCAAGAGAGAGAGCUGAUCCUGCUGCGCAGCGAGAACGGAGAAAGCUGGAAGGAGCAUAUGUACGACUACAAGACUGACGACCUCAAUCAGCUCCUCAGUGGGAUGGAUGAAGAGCUGGACAGUCCUGAGGAGAUGGAGAGGAAGAGAAUCUGCCGCAUCAUCACCAAGGACUUCCCACAGUACUUUGCUGUCGUGUCUCGAAUCCGGCAGGAGACCAAUCAGAUGGGACCAGAGGGUGGGACUCUGUGCAGCCGGAGCGUCCCAUUGGUCCAAGCUUCCUUCCCUGAGGGGGCGUUAACCAAGAAGAUCAAAGUUGGAUUGCAGGCCCAGCCAGCACCCGAUGAGACUGUGAAGAAAAUCCUCGGUAACCGAGCAACCUUCAGCCCCAUCGUUACCGUGGAGCCCAGAAGAAGAAAGUUCCACAAGCCCAUCACCAUGACAAUCCCAGUCCCGCCUCUCUCAGGGGAGGGAGUCACCAACGGCUACAAAGGAGACUGUACACCAUGUCUCCGCCUUCUCUGCAGCAUCACAGGUGGUACGUCCCCAGCACAGUGGGAAGACAUCACUGGCACAACUCCUCUCACCUUCGUCAAUGAAUGCGUCUCCUUCACCACUAAUGUUUCUGCUAGGUUCUGGUUAGCAGACUGCCACCAGAUCCCAGAGACGGUGGGCUUGGCCAUGCAGCUGUACAGGGAGCUCAUCUGCGUGCCCUACAUGGCCAAGUUUGUGGUGUUCGCUAAGACGAACGACCCAGUGGAGUCCAGACUGAGGUGCUUCUGUAUGACAGACGACAAGGUGGAUAAGACCCUAGAGCAGCAGGAGAACUUUGAGGAGGUGGCCAGGAGCAAAGACAUAGAGGUUCUGGAGGGCAGGCCCAUCUAUGUGGAUUGCUAUGGAAACUUGGCUCCUCUGACUAAAGGUGGUCAGCAGUUAGUUCUUAACUUCUACGCCUUCAAGGAGAACCGUCUGCCCUUCUGUGUCAAGGUGAGAGAUCCCAGCCAGGAGCCAUGCGGUCGUCUUACGUUCCUCAAAGAAUGUAAGACCAUAAAAGGCCUUCCACAAACCGCCGUGUGCAACCUGAACAUCACACUGCCUGCUGUGAAAAAGGAAAUGGAGUCAGAUGCCGAGGACGAGACUGAAAAGCCAGAGCGACGUCAUACCUUUGCAUCCCUAGCCUUACGUAAGCGCUACAGCUAUCUGGCCGAGCCUGCACUGAGCCCUCAGAGUCCCUGUGAGAGAACAGACCUCCGCAUGGCAAUAGUAGCCGACCACCUCGGACUCAGCUGGACUGAGCUGGCCAGGGAGAUGGAGUUCUCUGUGGAAGAGAUCAACUUUGUCAGAGUGGAGAACCCCAAUUCCCUGACAGCACAGAGCUUCAUGCUCUUAAAAAAAUGGGUGCACAGGGACGGUAAAAAUGCCACAACGGACGCUUUAACUGCGGUGCUGACUAAGAUCAAUCGGUUGGAUAUUGUGACUUUGCUGGAAGGGCCCAUAUUUGACUACGGUAACAUUUCAGGCACACGCUGCUUUGCCGAUGAUAACGCAGUAUUCCCGGAUCAGUCCGAUGGAUACCACAAUAUAGAUCUGGAGCUGCAAACCCCCUCAGACCUGAACUACCAGCCCCCCACCCCGCUUCGCUCAGACGACUUCUUUAGCGAGGGCGAUGCUAGUGCAGACUCCCCUAGCAAGAUCAUGCUUACUAGACCUAGUGACCUCUCUCUCACUCAGACCACCAGUACUUCCAGCAGUGACCACUUCACAGUCGCCACAGGCCCCACUUCAAAUGCCCCUCAGCCCCCCAUCGUUGGGGCAGAAGAUACAGCCUUGACCACUGGAGAAAGAGAGACGUCUAAGGAAGAGAACACAGGGCUGGUUUAUUAUGAGAGGCCAGAUAAUGACAGACGAGCAGUAGAGCAAUCAGGAAAUGGAACAGACGGGCGUGGUGAGGCCUUAGAGAAAGAACUGAAGGCAGGGCAAGGCCAUGUUUUGGAGCGUCAGGGAGAGGAUGCUGCCUCAGACACUCGUCAUGGAAAUGGAAGGCAUGAAAAACAAGAAGAAGUUGAAGAAGAAGAAGAAGAGGAGGAGAUGACCCCAGAGAGGCUGCAGAGUCUGCUGGAUGAUAUAAAGCAGGAGGGAGGCUUGGAGGACGAGGAGAUGACAGAGGAGAGGAUGAAUGCUAUUCUCGAGCAACUGCAACAAGCAGAGAAAGACAUGUGUUCAGUUCCAGGCUGGAGAAAUGAGACGUCCGGCGCAAACGUAGAGUCUGCAGCUCUUGGCCAAAGCCCCAACACCGAGGAGGGCAGCCCCGACAGUCUGGCUGAUUCAUUGGAGCAGCCCCCGGCUCGGACCCACAGACAGAACGGAGGUCACAUUGACGCAGCCAGGGAAGGAAAGGAAAAGGAGGCCAAGAGGACGGUAUCUCAGGAGGACAGCAGCACAGCGGGACCAAGCCAAGGACGGCAGGAGGGAGGUGAAAGGUCCCAGCACAAAGUCCAGGGGAGUGUUAGAGCUGACGAGUCCAGCUCCGACGAGGAGACCACUGUCACCACCAGGGUGUACCGCAGACGAGUCAUACUCAAGGGAGAGGAGGCCAAAAACAUUCCUGGAGAGUCUGUGACGGAGGAGCAGUUCACAGAUGAAGACGGGAAUCUGGUCACCAGAAAAGUGAUCAGAAAGGUGGUGCGCCGUGUGGUCAACACGGAGGAAAGGAGGGAAAGUGAAGGCGUAUCUCCUACAGAAGAAGGAGCUGGUGGUGGUGGUAUCGGUGGUGGUGUAGCGCCAGGUGGUGCAGGCGCUGCUUCCUCAGCAGGAGCCAAAGGGGGGAAGGGCAAGAAGAGGGGAAAGCGCUCCCGACAGGGCAACAAGGCUGAGAAGUCUGGAGAGAAAACUGAGCCGGGAGACAGCAGCAACAAGAAACAAGGGAAGAAGAGUCAGUCAUAACAGUAGAGCGCCCAACUAAAGCAGGUCCACUGAUGUCCGACACCACACACACGCCCUGGGAGGAAAGACAAGACUGGAAGCCUCGUCAAUCGGCCAAAAACGUGUCUGAAGCUUUCACUUACAACGCAUGGUUUUCAGCAAGACAACAAGCAAAACAAGUUACUUUUCUUUGAUUUCGCAUGAGCAUGUCACCAAAACUCACUCACUGUUGGAAACAACUCGGAAAAGGACACGCAUGGACGUGAGCUGGAGCUUUCCUACAUUAUCUUCAACGAAUGAAAGGCGUCUGUGACCAAAGAUGGCACAAGCGCAAGGAAAAGUAAACGCUGACAGAUAAUGAAGACGUGUGAUUCACUCUCUCCCAGACACUUGCCUUAUAUGGUCUAUUUUUUCCUCCUGGACCCGCAGUAUUGGGGUGUACCAUGUGGUUCUUUUUUUUUUUUUUAAAUGAAAUAUAAUAGUAAAUGGGUGAUUUUUGUUGUAUAUAAAUGACACUGUAUAAAAUCCCAAAAAAAAAAAAAUCAGUAGCUUCACAGAUUGUUUAUGCACUGAUUUGAGUUGACGAAGCUUUGCAGAGUCGGUGCAUUUGUAUUGAGAGGUCGACAUAGUUUGAGCAGCCUUGAGAGUGCGACCUGACAUGCUCUUCCCAAAUACAUAUAAAAAGGAACAAAAAAAAGCUGUAUGUAAUUGAGAAACGAAUCGAAGAAAAAAUAACUGCUUGAUUUUAAACAAAAGGACGUUUCUUUAAAGCCAACAGCUACUUCCGCUCUGUCUGUGGAACAUUAUUUGUCUUCAGAGAAAUAAUAUUUUGCUGCAUGUGACGUCACUUUAUUUUUAACGCUUUCCUUUUAUUUUCCUCCUAAUUCAAAUACACUGUAAUAUAAUUAGAGAGAUGGUACUUCUGUCUUUGUGAGCACUCAUAAUAACCCAAACAUCUGUCAUCUAUAACUGUUCUUAUUUUAUUUGAAAUGAAAACACACGCACACUCCAGACAGCAAAGCUUCAGGAAGGUACUGACGAUGUCCCCGAGUGUAACCUGCAGACCGGCUUAUUGUGCUAUCUCCUAACUGCUUGCUUGUGUGUGUGUGUGUGUGUGUGUGUGUGUGUGUGUGUGUGUGUGUGUGUGUGUGUGUGUGUGUGUGUGUGUGUGUGAGAAACAUCAAAUACAAAUGUCUAUGUGUAAGCCCAUCAUGCAUACUAGACGUGCAAGUUUAAGCUUUUAGGUCUGCUGUGAUUUUAAAAAGGGGACUUUUAUUUUGGCGGUUUGAUGACUUUUAUCUUUAUUUAACAGGUUGUAUUUACAUGAGAACAGAGAAUCUCAUUUUUUUAGCCCCAUUAUCCAAUUUGUAUUAACGGCUAAAUCACAGUAUUGAUCACACAUUGUUAAAAAUCUGAUCUUUUAUUUCUGUGUAAUUACAGUUUUUCUUUCUGUCUUGUCUUUUUUUCAUUCAAAACCACCCUAUGCAUCCAUUGUUGAUGAUACAUCUGGUACCAACAUGUAUGACAAACCAACAGCCUACACUGGAUGAUCCAAGUAAUUAUUUAAGCAGAAAAAUAAAUUGUGUUUAAACUGAU